GGUUGUUGCAUUCCGCCAGAUUGUUUGGUUGAAGAAUGCCGUCUCGUUAGCUUUGUAGUUUCGCUUGGAAGUUUUUAGUCCUUGUGAUAUAGAUUAGAUGAAUUUCCUACAUAACUUAUUUUAUGUAUGGUGUAUUGUGUGUAUUUGUGUGGUGUGUGUUAUGUGUGUUAUGUGUGUUGUGUGUGUUGUGUGUGUUGUGUGUGUCGUGUUUUACGUGUGUUGUGUGUUGUGUGUUCUUUGCGUUCAGUGUGUUUUUUGUGUGUGUUUUGCAUUUGGCGUGUUUUGUGUUCUGUUUGGCGUUCAUUCUUUCAUUCUUUCUUUUCUUAUUGAUUGUCAUCUGGCAUGGCAUCAGGCGCAGGAUAUGGAUAUGAUCUGGCAUGAUCUGGGAUAUGGAUAUGGAUAUCAUAUGGGAUGGAUGGAUGGAUACUACGGGAUACCCAACUUAUAACGGACGGAUUGGCGUUGUCGACAAUGGCGACUGG